GCUGAUAUCAUCAGAUAAUCACUAAACAAGUAAGCGGUCAAACCGUAAGACAGACGAGUUCUCCAAAUGAUGCUUAUAACAAGGAAGCUGCUGGAGGGGGCAGAGCUGAAUAACCUAUGGUUAGCCAGAACCAUGAUCAUAUUCAUCUCUUUGCUGCUUAUUCUCGGCUUCGAGCCAUUCGUUGCCGCCGUCAAUCCGCUGACGCAGAUCUGCUACUACAGAGACUCCCACAUGAACGAGAGCACCUACAAAGCAAACCUUGAGCUCCUAUCUGCUGCUCUAUUCAGUAGUGCCUCAUCCACACGAACCAACCUCGCCAAGGGCUUCGUCGGAACUGAUCAAGACCGCAUAUACGGCGCCGUAGUGUGCCGCGGUGAUGGCGCCGUCGAUGCCUGCCCCAGCUGCAUCACCACGGCAUUCCAGGAUGUGUGGCGGGUGUGCAGAAACCACAAGGAGGCGCAUAUCCUAUACAAGGAUUGCAUCGUCCACAUCUCCGCGAAGGACCUUAUCUACGACUCCACUGUUGUGCUGAACAGGUUGCUGGUCUCUACGGACACCACAAAACACAAUAUGGAUCCCAACAUCCCCAGCGAGGUGAGCGCCAAGUACACCGAUGGCAGCAUUGAUGGCAGCAUCAAGGUGCUGCUUCAAGAGACAGCCAAACAAGCAGCCUACAACUCGACGAUGAUGUACGCCACCGGCCGCAUGGAUGUCUACAGCACAAUCCCGCUGCUCUACUCUCUGGCGCAGUGCAACCUGGACCUACCGCCAAAUGACUGUUGGGAUUGCCUCGACAAUAUCAGGAGCGCGGCAAAGAGUUUCUUCUACCAGCAACGUGGUGAAUGGAUUGCUGGUGUGUGGUGCAAUUUCAGGUAUAGCACAUAUCAGUUCUACGAGGGCCAGCCAAUGCAGCAUAUCACCUUGUCGGGUGCUGUAGAUCCAACAACAAACAUGCCGGCACCCAAGCCGGCGCCAGGGCCAGUUAAUCUUCCCAGGCAGAAAGACGAGACUCCCAGCCAUAAACACAAGAGUAAGCAAGACAAUAUUUUAUAUGUUGAGACAUUCCCAAAACAUAACCACCUAUGUUUGUGUGAAAUCUUUUGUUUUAGGGAAUAUAAUAAAGGUUUUGAUCAUUACCACUGUUGCGUUUCUACUAGCAUCAUUUUUCUGCUUCAUCGUUUGGCUUGGACUGGUCAAAAGGCACACAAAAGGUUUGUUACGGAAAUGCAACUGUACUCACAAAUCUCUCAGGCUAUUCAGAUUCAUAUAUACUUUACAUCAGCAUUACCUGAAAGGAUUAGAUAAACUCUGCCUUUUGAAUUUAGGU